AUGGAGGUACUACCUACCAGAUUCCAAAAGGUGCCCCAAGUAAAGGCAGGACUUCAGGCCAAUAACUUGUAUGCCGAACCUUACAAGUUAACAACGAAAUAUUUGGCACGCGUCAUGCAGUUAGAUGCUGCCAUGAGAAAGCUAGUUGCGGACAAUCAACUAGGAACUGUUACCCAGGUUCAAAGUACCAAGGAACAGGACAAAAAUAAUUCUGUACGUGAUGACUUGGGAUGGGAUUGUAACGAACUUCACAAACGCUAUGCGAAGGAGACUAGUAUAUCAGACCACUUCGAGGCAUACAUCCGAUCGAUGGUUCUCAAGAAGACGCUUGAAAGCAUCUUCUUUGACAAUCGAUAUAGAUUCCACGAGGACGAAGCGAAAUCGAUGAGUACAACAAAUCUGAGCGCGAAACAAAUACAGCCAGAGUGCCGGAAUGCAAUCCAGCACCAGAAUUAA